CCAGAGGUCUCAAACGUUACGUACAUGGCUUGUAGCCCCGCGUACGUAACCAACAUUAUGGAUAAAUUGCCUUUUUGUUUUUAUAAGAUUCUAGUCUUCUACGAUUGGUUUGUCUUCCAAUCGACUCGAAUAGCAGACACUACAGUUUGUAUAAGACAAUACUCUUCGAAUUUCUACAGCCCGCGGUUUUCAUUGCUCAUUUCUUAAUCAUCUCAAACCAGAUACUUCAAAAUGAUGGCAGCAAUAGGGAUGAGAGCAUUCAGGCCGUCAAUAGCGGCAUCACACGCACAUGGAGGAACAAAGUUGGUCGGGAUGGCAAGGGUAUCUAAGGCGUUGAUGUCAUCGACACCGGAUGGACAAGAGAAUGCAGAGCCAAAAGACGCGGGGAUAGACCGCCCAGCAAAGGAGGAGGCUGCUGCUGCUACUGCUCCGGCGGGUCCGAAGGCGAAACCGCGGCUACCAGCGCUAGCCAAGCCGGCAUGGAAACGGUUCAUGCUCGUGUUCUACGCGCCGGAGGCGGCCGUGCAGGCGUGCAAGGCGGCGGUGUUUAAGGCGGGCGCGGGAAGACACCCGUGGAACCGAGUGAAGUACACAGAGUGCUGCUGGUCGACGCCGGGACGAGCGGAGUUCCGGCCGGCGGAAAACGCGGACCCGGGUAUGGGGGAGGUGGGCGUCUUGAGGGAGGUUAGUGAGGUUAGGGUCGAGACGAUGUGUCCUGACGGGGAAACGAUGAGGAGUGCGGUGAAGGCGCUGCUGGAGACCCGAUGUACUAUGUUAUCAAGACGAGGAUGUCGGUGCCUCUGGUAAUCGAGGAUGAGAAGGGAGUUGAGAAUGAGGAGGAUACGGGAGAUGAGGGGGAUAAGAAGAAAGUAGAGAAGAAAACGAAGAAGCGUAAGAAUAAGGAGAAGACAGGAGAUAGGGAGAAGGUAGGAAACGAGGAGAAGAAGGCUGAUGAAGUUCACUAGAUGCUCAAGAUGCUCAACUUUUAUCCCAAUAUUACUAGGUAGUUA